AACUAGAGAACAUUCUUGCUAUUGCCCAGCUGAGAGCACCCAGCUCAUAGAUUUUCUGUGGGGAAAGUAAGGAAAGCUCCUGGCUUGUGAUAAAGGGAGACCUAAUCUGCAGAGACAAAAUGAAAACAGGGGACUCCAGAGGGCUUCAGGGAGAAACCCAGCUAUGGAAUGGACCAGCGAGUCUGUAAGCUGCAACAGCUGGUUUUAACUGAAAACUCAAAUUAACAAAUAAUACCCCACCUAGGGUUAUUACUACUACAAAACUCUCCUGAAUGCCCUAAGAGCGUCAGUAAGAAUGAGCUAUUACAGCACCAGCUAUCGGAUUGUGAAUGUGGAUUCCAAAUAUCCGGGCUGUCCGCCAGAACACAAUGUAGCUGAGAAGAGAAGAGCAAGGAGACGUCUGCUUCACAAAGACGGCAGCUGCAAUGUAUACUUCAAGCACAUUUUUGGAGAAUGGGGGAGCUACGUGGUUGACAUUUUCACCACGCUUGUGGACACCAAAUGGCGCCACAUGUUCGUGAUAUUUUCUUUGUCUUACAUUCUCUCCUGGCUGAUUUUUGGCUCCGUCUUUUGGCUCAUCGCCUUUCAUCACGGAGACCUGUUAAAUGACCCAGAUGUCACACCCUGUGUGGACAACGUGCACUCUUUCACAGGAGCAUUUCUGUUCUCCCUCGAGACCCAGACCACCAUCGGGUACGGCUACCGUUGCGUCACGGAAGAGUGCUCCAUGGCAGUGCUCAUGGUGAUCCUUCAGUCCAUCCUCAGUUGCAUCAUAAACACCUUCAUCAUCGGAGCAGCCUUGGCUAAAAUGGCAACUGCACGGAAGAGAGCCCAGACUAUUCGUUUUAGCUACUUCGCACUCAUAGGCAUGAGAGAUGGAAAGCUGUGUCUCAUGUGGCGCAUCGGCGACUUCCGACCAAACCACGUAAUAGAAGGAACAGUUAGAGCUCAGCUUCUUCGCUACACGGAAGACAGCGAAGGGCGGAUGACCAUGGCGUUUAAAGACCUCAAAUUAGUCAAUGACCAGAUCAUUUUGGUGACACCAGUCACUAUCGUUCAUGAGAUUGACCACGAGAGUCCUCUGUAUGCCCUUGACCGAAAAGCGGUGGCCAAAGAUAACUUUGAGAUUUUGGUAACGUUUAUCUAUACCGGCGAUUCUACCGGGACCUCUCACCAGUCGAGAAGUUCCUAUGUCCCCCGGGAGAUCCUCUGGGGCCACAGGUUUAACGAUGUCUUGGAAGUGAAGAGGAAGCAUUACAAAGUUAACUGCUUACAGUUUGAGGGGAGCGUGGAAGUGUAUGCCCCCUUUUGCAGUGCCAAACAGUUGGACUGGAAAGACCAGCAGCUCCACAAUAUGGAGAAAACAUCCCCAGUGCGAGGGUCCUACACAUCAGACACCACUGUCAGGCGAAGGUCGUUUAGCGCAGUCGCCAUCGUCAGUAGCUGUGAAAACCCCGCCGAGAAGGUCACUUCUGUCACAGACGAGUGUAAGGAUCCACCUUAUCAGAAAGCUUUCCUGACUUUAAAUAGAAUUUCUAUGGAAUCCCAGAUGUAAUCCCAGAUCAAGGAGGGCGACCACUUGAUCGAUUUACCUUCUGGCCAAUCAUCGUAAGGCAAGUAGUUGACAUGAUGCCCUUUAAAAGUAAUAUGCCUAUGUUGUAUGAUGAGAGCAGUAAGUAAAGUAGGAUAAACUGGGUGAAGGAUAAUCUAAAUUUUCCACAUUUUUUUAUCCUUAAAUUUUUUUGCUGGCAAAUUUUGUGUUAGGAAUGCUAUGAAGAGGUCUAAUUGGUUAAACUUCAUCCUUUAUUAGUUUAUAUACUGGUGUCUCCAAUUAGAAAUGUGAUAUUCAGUAAGGAGCAGUAAAGGCAAGAUGCUGGGACUUAAGAAAAUAGGAAAACUGGUAAGCUAGGAUAAAUUACAAGUUUUAAAGUCUAUAAAAAUUGAAAAAUAGCCAUACAGCAUCUAACCAAGACGUGCAAGGCACACAUUCAUCACUGUAACAUCGAGAGACACAACUGUAAUAUCAGUUGGUUUUCAGAGUACCUCUAUUUGCCUCUUCAUGUUGCUUAUUAACAAGCAGAGGUAGUGGUUGUAAAAUUGAUAAUCCCACCAAUUCAGAGAAUUCUUCCACUGGCACUUGUUUUGGUGAUGAUGAAUAGUCAGUCAGUGCUACAAGCAUUUCUUUUGGCUAAAUCAUGGCAGAAGAAAAAUGGACGUCAUUAUUUACUGCAAUUUUUCCCUCUUCGAUAUCUUCCUUGACUUCAAACAAAUGGGGAACAGAAAUAAGGUCAUGACCUUUCUGAAUUCCUGGGUCAACCCCCCAUGUUUCUGAGGGACAUGGUAAAAAGACAGGUUCACACAGGUGGGGUGAGGCUGGAAACAUCUUCAGCCCACUGAAGAAGGAGUGUUGUUUGCCUUUGUCCUGAAAGAUUGCGAUGCUGUUUGCUAUACAAGGGUUGGAGCACGCUACUUGAGAGUGGUUGGGGAAGGAGGAGGGAAUUAUCAACGCUCACAAGCAGUUAUUUACGCCUCCUUUCUUUGUCACCUUAGGUAGACAUGAAUGACUUGAACUGUAGAUUUUACGAAACUUGUUGAACUUGGAGCAAUUGGAUUGUUUUGUGAAAUACGAUACAACUAAGGUGAUUAAAUGACUACCUUGAAUGCUGUGAGUGUGCUUAAUUGUGGGACAUGAGAUGAAUGUUUAUUCUCUAUUUCCAGGUUACAAGAUGUUCAGUCACGAUUAAGCACAAACCCAAUCACAUCCGAGUGGAGAGUCACUUUAAGCUUUGUAAACUGAAGAGUUAUUAGCUAGAUCUGGAAUUUUUUAAAAAUUAAUUUUAUUGAUACAUUUAAGGCAUACAAUAUAAGGACCUUCACCGUUGGAAAUUUGUACCUUUACAUAGUCAAUUGGUUCUUAAUUUUUUCCCCAUCCCCCUGCCCUCUCUUCAGCCACACCCUCCCUCCCUAGCUGCAAAGACUUUAUUUCCAUUUUUUUUCACUUUCCCAUAUUAAUUCCAUCCCCUUCUUUUCUUUCCGC